CAUCAUAUUAAGAAUAAGUACGGCUAGACUGGCAGUCUAUGACAUGAGUAUGUGUUUGACAUAUGUGUGUAUGUGACUUCUGUUUAGGAACAGUGUUACCUUAAGAAAGAUUGUCGAUGCAAUGACUUUGACUUUGAGCAAUGAAUGUUUUUGAUGCCUUUAACCAGACGCAUUGAUGAGAAACAAGGUCUGUUUGUGGAGCGACUCCGGGAGGCUGUCGCAAUCCAGAGUGUGUCAGCAUGGCCAGAAAAGCGGCCAGAGAUUAAGCGCAUGAUAGAGUGGGCGGGGAAGAUGGUCGAGAAACUGGGGGGCUCGGUGGAGUACGCCGACAUUGGUGAGCAGACUUUGGCUGAUGGGAGCAAGAUCCCUUUGCCUCCCGUUCUGCUGGGAAUGCUGGGUUCGGAUCCUAAAAAGAAGACCCUGCUGGUGUAUGGCCAUCUGGAUGUCCAGCCUGCAGAGAAGUCUGAUGGCUGGGACACAGAACCGUUUGAGCUUGUUGACGUUGAUGGCAAGCUGUAUGGACGGGGCUCAACAGAUGAUAAGGGUCCAGUCCUGGGCUGGCUGAACUGUAUCGAAGCCAUGCAAGAACUUGACAUGGACAUUCCUGUCAAUCUGAAGUUUGUCUUUGAAGGUAUGGAGGAGUCAGGCUCUGAGGGUUUAGACGAGCUCAUUGAGCAGCGAAAGACAGACUUCUUACAGGGUGUGGACUUUGUGUGCAUCUCAGACAACUACUGGCUCGGGACGAACAAGCCGUGCAUUACAUACGGAUUACGAGGAAUCUGCUACUUCUUCAUGGAGGUGGAAUGCGCCAGCAAAGACCUCCACUCUGGAAUCUUUGGAGGAACUGUAUUCGAAGCGAUGACCGACCUAAUUCGCCUCAUGUCUUCCCUGGUGGGUCAAGACGGCCGCAUUCUUGUGCCAGGCGUCUACGACUCUGUGCAAGAACUGACUGAUGAGGAGAAGGCCACUUACGACCCCAUUGACUUUGACAUGAAUGAGUACCAGCAAGACAUUGCUGCCAAGAGACUGCUCAAGGAAAACAAGCCAGAGCUUCUUAUGGCAAGGUGGCGCUACCCGUCCCUCUCCCUUCAUGGUGUUGAGGGUGCCUUCAGUGGUGCAGGGGCCAAGACAGUCAUCCCGAGGAAGGUCAUUGGAAAGUUCUCUAUGCGCCUGGUGCCCCACCAAGAGCCAGAUGUCAUCAAGAGACUGGUCGUGGACUACCUCAACGAGGUGCACGCUAAGUCAGGGAGCCCUAACUCUGUCUCGGUGACGAUGGGUCAUGGAGGUCGGCCGUGGGUCAGCGAUGUCAAUGACCCUAACUACAUUGCCGGGCGAAAUGCAGUUAAAAAAGUGUUUGGAGUGGAGCCUGACUUGACCCGCGAGGGUGGCAGUAUCCCCGUGACCUUGACCUUUCAGGAGGCCACUGGCAAGAAUGUGAUGUUGCUACCCAUGGGAAGGGCUGACGACGGGGCCCAUUCCCAGAAUGAGAAACUCAACUUGUCCAAUUACAUCCAAGGGAUCAAGAUGUUUGGAGCAUACAUGGACGAACUGGCAAAGCUGUCAGCAUAGGUCAAAAGUCAGCGAGUGGAGUGUGAGCCCUCUGGGAAAUCUACUGAGUGGACAAAUCAUCUGGUCAUGGCAUGAAGCUCUUGUUUUGCCAAUUUUUUCCCUACCAUUGCAAGAGUGCCAUAUUGGUGACUCAAGGGCUUUUACGUAUUUGAAUUCCAGUUUCAUUUAAUGAAUGCAAUAUAUAUACCAAAAAACCACAUCAUAUUCAGGAUGUGUUUUUAUUUGCUGAGGUCCAAGUUUUGGUGGCAGAAUUAAUGCUCUGCUGGGUUGUUGUUUUUUAAUGUAUACACAAUCUUUUGCUGUUUGGUUUGGUUGUAAAUAGUCUAAAUCUGCUCAGGAGCUAGCUUUGUAAUACAGAAGGCAACAAGUUUUGUUUGUUUCUUUAGAACAUAUAAAACAACUAUUUCAUUCAAUAAGUAGAGUUCUAAUGUCUACCAAAAAAUGGGAGUUGGGUUCAAGAUUUUGAUCUCUUUUUCUUUAUAACUCUGUCCUCAAGGUCUUUAAACCGAUUUUAUCUUCUUUCUUUCAUUCCACUUGGUAUAGUCAGCAAUUGAAAUGUUGUUACAAAGUGUUGUUUCAAAUUUGCUAUCUUUUGUGUGCAUCAAUUUUACAUUACAGUUUUAUAUGAUGAAAUUCUGUUUGUUUUAUCUUCACUCAUUUUAGUUUUAGGAUUUUUUCCCCAUGUCUCUAGUGUAAUGGAUAGGGCACUUUGCUUGGCAUGCAGAAGAAAUGAGUCUGAUUCCCUAGAGGAGACGUUAUUUUUAUAAAAUGUCUGUCUUUCUGGUGGGAUGCAGUUGCCCACACAACCAGGGCUGGCCUUUACUGUCAGGGUUUAAACACCCCAUUGUUGAGUUAUACAAGUCUGCUCUCAACAGUUUUGGCUACACAACUGUGAAUAAUGCUUUUACAUAAAUAUUCAGACAUGCAGAUGUAUGUAAUCAGCUUAUUACAACCUGUCACUACAUAAGUGAAAUCCGAAUGUGCGGCCAAGGACUCCUGGCACCCUAAUAUAUAUGAUAUCUAGUUGUUUGUUUUUACAAGAUGUAGAACUUAGUUGUAUUUUUAAAUCUUGAAUAAAGAAAAGCUCUGACCUGAUAACUGUCAUUUAGUACUACGAAAAAUGUGUACGUUAAGAAUUUUCUCAUGGUACAACUCUUAAAUAUGUCUUCUCCCUGAGUGAACCAAAUGUGCAUAAUAAUUUUCCUUUGAGACAACACUUAUGACUGAAGCCUCAAUGUUGUGUAUCCCCUGAACACCUAGUCCUAAUGGCUACAUUCCUGCAGAAGGAAAUGGACCCAUUUUACUUUUACUUCCUUGAAAUGUGCCUUGAUGUACUUUGAAAUGUUGAGCUUCGACGCCAUUUGAGCAGGUAUCUGUGAUCAUUGUACGUUUUAUUUAUCUGUAGGCAUAGUAAUAGUUGCUUGCUCAUCCAGGAAAAAAUCAAGAUCCCUUCAUAAAGAUGAAUGAAACUGUGCUGAGAGAGUGCGGAGACUGCGAGUGGUCAGAUGGUUUGUAGUUCUAUUUCUAUACUAUUCUUUUUAUGUCAGAGUGGAAACAAAGCGAGAGGUUGUUGCUCUGUGAGAAUGAUAUUUCAUGAUUCAACAGUAAUUAGUAGCGUGGACUGCGAUAUGAGUGACUGUAACUAGUAUGUCAAAGCUAUUUAUUUUUAAGCCGUUUUUCACACCUGGGAUUGUAUUAAAGAUUAAUAAUUUGCUAGUAA